AUGGUAGAACUCAGGAAGCGGAAAGCACUACCACAAACCCCUAUCACAGAGAAAAAGAGCAAGAGGAUACAAGAGACGAGUCAGGACACCAGUCCAGCCUCGGUACAAUCAAGCAAGGAAGAUGAGCGCCCUACGCAUGUCUCAUACAAAAAACCUCCAACUGUCGGUGACACUAUCGAUUUGGAUGGCUUUGGUGGCGAGGUAGAACUCAAUGAUGGAAUGAAGACUACCCUCAAACAUCUCGUCGAAACAAGCAAAUCAGGGAUUGUUCUGUUCACAUACCCGAGAGCGUCGACGCCUGGCUGUACAAAGCAAGCUUGCUUGUUUCGCGAUAAAUAUGAGACUAUAACAUCAACUGGUUUGUCGAUAUAUGGGCUUUCGGCAGAUUCUAUCAAAGCAAACAGCUCGUUCAAAGCCAAGCAGAGCCUACCCUAUCCUCUACUUUGUGAUACGGCGUCUACUCUCAUUUCAGCUCUUGGCUUUAAGAAGGCUCCUAGAGGUACGACAAGGGGGGUUUUCGCCGUCGAUAAGCAAGGAAAGGUCCUACUUUUGCAACCCGGUGGGCCAGACGCAACUGUGGAUGCUGUGCAGCAAAUGAUUUCAGCACGCUCUGAAGAGGGCAAAGACAGAUCAAAGAGUGAAUCAGUUGAAGUCCCUGAGGAAAGUCGGGUUUAG